GGCCAACCGGGAGAGCAGACUGUUCGAAGGGCGGAGCUAUGCUGAGUGAUUGACGCGGAGGCCCAACCAGGGAGAGGCGGGGCCAAGGCCAGGGCCUGACUAAACCUGGAGACUCGGUGGCCGAGGGGCUUCAUCCCAGCUGAGGAGCGAAGAGCCGCUGGCGGCCGCGGAUCUCACAGCCGCUCGGGGUUUUUAGAACUUCAGCUAUAAAAAUGGGCAGAAUUUUCCUCGAUCAUAUCGGUGGUACCCGUCUGUUUUCUUGUGCAAAUUGCGAUACAAUCCUGACCAACCGCUCAGAGCUCAUCUCCACUCGGUUCACAGGCGCCACUGGCAGAGCAUUUCUUUUUAACAAGGUAGUUAACCUGCAGUACAGUGAAGUUCAAGACCGGGUCAUGCUCACUGGCCGCCACAUGGUUCGAGAUGUGAGCUGCAAGAACUGCAAUAGCAAACUGGGAUGGAUCUAUGAGUUCGCCACUGAAGACAGCCAGCGCUAUAAGGAAGGCCGUGUGAUCCUGGAACGCGCUCUAGUACGAGAGAGUGAGGGCUUCGAGGAGCACGUACCAUCUGAUAACUCUUGAAGAAAAAGAGAUAACUCCAUCUUUUCCCAGGUCUCCUUCACUGAAAACAAAAAUCUACUUACAUACACUGUCACCUUAGCAUCAGGGUCGGAUUCAUGAACUGCGGAACAAGAGGUUGUGAGAAUCUAAGAUGGAACCUUUCUUUCUUUCUUUCUUUCUUUUUUAAUUUUCAAUUUUCCAUCCAGCAGCAGUGUGUAGAGAGAAUAUUAUGCAGAUGCCGUUAAUUUUUUUCCCCCUGUGUUUACAUCUUGAGGCAGAAUAAUCUAUCUGCAGCUACAUGAUGGGCUAUGUGAGGAAAAAAAAUCUGGGCUGUUAGAGUGAAAAAGUGUGUUUUAUGUAAAUUUUGAAAGGAAAAUGUGUCAAGAGCAUGGUUUUUAAACUUAUUUGGGCUUCAUUUAAAAAAAAUGUUUUUUAAACCCCGUUACUUCACUUGAUUUGCUAGCUUCAGGGAAGAGACCCGACUUUGUGACCAGCGCUAAAGGUUCAGUGUUAGUGUGGCUUGUGCUGGCCGCUGUGCCAUAUUCUUGUUGGAGAUGAACCGUAGCACCAGAGCCCAUCCUUCCUUGUCAGUCUUGACCCAAAGAUGUCACCAUUCCUAGUUAUUUGUCACCACAUAAUUGGUGUUGAUUGGAAACUUUUCCUGAAAUGGGGCAGAACUGCUUGGUUGUCUUUUCCAUGUAACUUAAGCAUAGUAAUAUAAAUAAAGUAAUAGUUGGAUGUUUUUGGUCCUGUGUUGCUUUUAAAAACACCUUCUAAAAGAAGAGCGGAGUAUUUGAUAAGUAAUUUUCAUGGUAGUGUUUCUUUUCCUCUCUCGAGCUAAAUUGACUGUGUAGAAGAGAUUACUGUGUUUAAAUUAAAGCCUACUGUUUAAACCCAUAGUACUGCAUUUAGAAAAGAGUUGAACAGAAUGUCAGUGUGCGUUCAUGCAGAAAGCAUUUCAUCUGCAUCUGUUUUAAAAGAAGGGAAAAUGAAGGAGCCUAUCUAAAAAUAAUGCUUUGCAAAGCAUUUUCAGCCUAUCCUCAAUUUGGUGUUGAUUUUGAUAAGUCUGUAGAACCUAAUAGUUUCAUCAAAGGACUAGAUCUGUCAUUAGCAUUAUUUUCUCAGAUCUUCCCUCCGAAGUUCAGCUAUUGAAAUUAAAACUGUACUUGGUCCCUUCAGGGAUCAAAUUUGACUCAGGGUGUUAUUUUAGCCCCAAACGUACAACAUUAUGAAAUAUUAAAAUAUAAAUGUUUCUUUAUCCAAACUAUUUCUAGGUAUUCUAGUAUUUGUUUCUGGUGGAAUAAAUGACAUUAAAAUUGGCUAAUUAUUUAAAUGUAUGAAUGGAUGUUUGAGUGCUCAAUCUCUAGGUCUUUGUCUAUAAAGGAUGUUUGCCUCAACUAGCAAAAUCUUUCAUUGAUAUUAGAAGUGACUCUUGAGUACAGUUAAGAUUAAGUUUCUCUUCUUUGCUUCCCGGCUCUUGGUUAGAGGCAUAGGUGUCUGAUUAAGUAGGUGUAUAAUAUUGCAUUUGAGAUAAGUGGACACAAAUGAUCUUUCCUUCACCAUGGAAUAAAUCUUCAAGCUUUAAGAGACAGCUUUCAUUCCCAUUCAUUUCCAUACUGGCCUUUGAUUAUAUGCAGAUCCCUGGUAGCAUGCCUUACCUGCAGCACUAUGUGCAUUCGCUGUCACAAUAAAGUAUAUUUUGUCUUGCA